CGGAUGAUGUUCUAUACCCCAGGGUUCCCAUCUGAUAUCCUACUUCCAUUCUUUUAGUCGCUGCUCUGCUUCGCAUCUUUAUAUCUGAGAUCUCAGUUCCAAUCCAGGACAGCUGGCCUUGGUCCCUUCGUUUCUCCACCUGUCUAUCGUGAAGCUCCUGACCACUUUCACUCUUUUCCCGAAAAUGAAGUUCACCGUCGCCUCCACCAUCGCCCUGCUGGCCUCGCUCGCCUCCGCGCUCCCCACGGGACCGGCGCUCGAGAAGCGGGCCAGCGUGAACGACGCCUGCAACGUCGGGUUCGCCACGCUGAACGGCGGCACCAAGGGCGGCGCCGGGGCGGCCACCACCAUCGUCAAGACGUACGACGAGCUGGCGGCUGCCGCCAAGAAGACGGGCCCGGCCGUGAUCCUGGUGCAGGGCAACAUCUCGGGCAACAAGAAGGUGACGGUGACGUCGGACAAGACCAUCGUCGGCGCCGCGGGCUCCUCCCUCACGGGCGCGGGCCUGUUCGCCAAGGGCGCCAGCAACAUCAUCGUGCGCAACAUGAAGAUCUCAAAGGUGUCGGCCGACGGCGGCGACGCCAUCGCGUUCCAAAAGUCGACCAACAUCUGGGUCGAUCACUGCGACCUGUCGUCGGACCGGAACAACGGCAAGGACUUUUACGACGGGCUGCUGGACCUGACGCACGCGACCGACUUCGUCACCGUCUCCAACACGCACUUCCACGACCACUUCAAGGUCUCGCUCGUCGGGCACUCGGACUCCAACGCGGCCGAGGACACGGGCAAGCUGCGCGUCACGUACGCCAACGACCGCUGGGCCGACGUCGGCUCGCGCCUGCCGUCGGUCCGCUUCGGCACCGCGCACGUCUUCAACAGCCUCUUCAGCAACGUCGAGGGCUCGGCCGUCAACACGCGCAUGGGCGCCCAGGUGCUCGUCGAGUCGUCCGUGUUCGACGGCGUCAAGAACCCGAUCGCCUCGCUCGACAGCAAGGGGAAGGGCGGCGCCGUCGUCAAGGACGUCAUCGGCGGCCAGAGCUCGGCCCCGGCCGGCACGCUCAACACCGUGCCGUACAAGUACACCCUGCUCGGGUCCGCCAAGGUCAAGGCUGCCGUGACCGCCUCCGCGGGCCAGACUUUGACCUUUUAAAAUCUGCGACUUUAGCGGCACCUCAUACAUAGCAUAGCCCAGUAUGCAUCUUUCUUUCUUCUGUAAAUAUUUCUGUCAUGUGUACAUCUAUUCCUUGAGCUCUAGCCUCAUUUCUGGGGCGACGUGUAUAUAUCAAAACAUGAUAUCAGAGCCGUGCGUGCGCACAGCAUUUUGCAAAACCAAGAGAGUUCCCACCAGUGCGUGUUUUUCCCUUUUUCCUUUCCAUAUCCUCCCUGUGUACAAUGUCUUUUUGCUUGCUCCCUUAAACAGAAACAGGCGCGUGAAGCUUGUCCAGGUUGGCGUUCAGCGCC